CAGCGUGAUGCUUGCUUGGGCGCCUAGCUACAUGCUCAGCACGGCGGCUGAGGACAACGGCUCUAUCGACAAGGAUGGUGUACCACAAUUUGAAAGCCCUCAUCAAGGGUAUUCGUGCAUGCAAGACCGUUGCAGAUGAACGAGCUCUCAUCAAGCAGGAAUCCGCUGCUAUCCGUGCAUCUUUCAGGGAGGAGGACUCCUAUGCGAGACACAAUAAUGUUGCCAAGCUUCUCUAUAUUCAUAUGCUUGGGUCGGAAGCCCACUUCGGUCAAAUGGAAUGCCUCAAACUCGUAGCCAGCCCCCGCUUUGGUGACAAACGACUUGGAUAUCUUGGAAUUAUGCUGCUGCUGGACGAGAGUCAAGAGGUUCUUACGCUUGUUACGAAUUCAUUAAAGAAUGACAUGAAUCAUGCCAAUAUGUAUGUCGUCGGUCUUGCGCUGUGUACAUUCGCGGAUAUUGCCUCGGAGGAAAUGUCUCGAGAUUUGGCGAACGAGAUUGAGAAGUUGCUGGGCUCAAGCAAUACAUAUAUUCGAAAGAAGGCUGCACUGUGUGCACUUCGAGUUGUCAAGAAAGUACCGGACCUCGCAGACCAUUUUGUCACAAAAGCCAAGAACCUCCUUGCUGACCGGAACCAUGGUGUUCUAUUGACCGCGAUUACCCUCGUCAUUGAAAUGGUCCAAACGGAUACAGCUUGUCUCGAGGAAUUCCGUAAUGCUGUCCCUCUAUUGGUCAGACACUUGAAGUCGCUUGUGACGACAGGCUACAGCCCAGAACACGAUGUUUCCGGUCUCACCGAUCCUUUCCUCCAAGUCAAAAUCUUACGUCUUCUAAGACUAUUGGGCAAGGGAGAUGUACAAGCUAGUGAAACCAUGAACGAUAUCCUCGCUCAAGUCGCAACGAACACCGAUUCGACCAAGAAUGUCGGUAACUCGAUUCUAUAUGAGACUGUAAUGACAGUCCUAGAAAUUGAGGCGGAUAGUGGUCUACGAGUCAUGGCGAUUAACAUCUUGGGCAAAUUCUUGGGUAACAGGGACAACAAUAUUCGAUACGUUGCUCUCAACACGCUUAAUAAAGUUGUAUCGAUCGACACGAAUGCCGUCCAAAGACAUCGUAACAUCAUCCUCGAUUGUCUCCGAGACGGUGACAUCUCGAUCCGACGUCGGGCUCUGGAACUUUCCUAUGCAUUGAUCAACGAGAACAACGUCCGCGUACUAAUCCGGGAACUUCUGGCCUUCCUCGAAGUCGCCGAUGACGAGUUCAAGCUUGGUAUGACGACACAAAUCUGUCUUGCUGCUGAGCGGUUCGCACCAAACAAGAGAUGGCAUAUUGACUCUGUGUUGCGUGUCCUCAAACUGGCCGGAAACUUCGUCAGAGAAGAGAUAUUGUCGUCAUUCAUUCGACUUGUUGCUCAUACACCUGAGCUGCAAGGGUAUACUGCGUCAAAGCUAUACAAUGCCUUGCGCGCAGAUAUAUCUCAGGAGUCGUUGACAUUAGCUGCAACAUGGAUCAUCGGGGAGUACAGUGAAAUCCUGCUUGAGCAGGGUCUGGUGGAUGAAGAUCAACCGAAACCCGUCAGCGAUGCGGAACUCGUUGAUCUUCUCAUUUCCGUCCUUGAUUCCCCGUAUGCCAACUACCUCACCCGACAAUUUGUCCUUACCGCUAUCACCAAAAUUUCCUCAAGACCAACAACAUCAGCUACACAACAAGAGCGCAUACAGACACUUCUUGCAUCCUACACCACAAGCCCCGAGCUGGAGAUCCAGCAGCGAGCAGUCGAGUUCGCGAGUCUCUUCACUCUAGGCGAUUUGCGAUCUGGCGUGCUCGAACGCAUGCCGCCACCGGAGUUAAAGGCUACUGUGAUGGGCGUUGUUAGUGAGAACAAACCUGUUGGAUCCGUGCAGCCCAGUAAAGACGGUGAUCUCCUAGGCGAUGACCUAUCUUCAACAGGCCCUGCUGCUGCUGUAAAUGGGGCUGCGGCUGUGGCUCAGAGCAAUAAGGACCUGCUUGCUGAGAUCUUUGGCUCAUCGGGUGCAUCGUCAUCUACACCGACGGCACAGGCGCCGAGGACUACUGCGCAAGACAUCCUCAGCCUCUUCGAUUCUACACCUACUUCUCCAGUUGCCACGCAACCGACAUCAAUUCCUUCUACAUCUGCUGCUGCUGCUGCUCCUGCGAGACCUGCUGUUACCUCCCCACCACAACCAGCACAACCUCGUCUUGUUUCCUACCCAGCAUAUGACAAGAAUGGACUCAGGAUAUCGCUGACACCGCAACCCAGACAGCCAGGGGUGGUCGAUAUUCAGGUGCGAUUCCAGGUGUCAGGGGGUGUUCCUGCCUCGGACAUUAACUUCCAGGCAGCUGUGCCUAAGUCUCAGCAGUUGCAGAUCUGGCCGAUCUCUAAUCCAGCUGUUCAGCCGGGUGCCGUUGAGACUCUUAAUAUGCGGGUGACAGCACCAGUCGGGGUAUGUUCUGAGUCACACCUGUUCCAUAGCCAUGUGUACUCAUUUCUCUACAACAGGCCAACGUCCGUCUGAGGUUAAGACUAUCAUACUCAUUGGGCGGCAGUGCGUUCCAAGACCAAGUCGAUUUUGCAGGGUUCCCUCCAGGUAUCACAGGUGGAGGUUCAUAAUUUAAAGGGUUCACGGCUUCUGUGACGAUGUUUCAACCACCUACCUCAUAUUCUGAUUUAUUAUACCACUUGGACAGUGCAGGUCGCGUCAGCAGUGUACAAACCGAUAUUAGUAGAUGGGAAUUUUGUUAUACUAUAGUACACCGGAACUACAUGAUAAGUCAGAUAAUACAAACAAACGAGGUGAGCGUGACUAUAUGAACAUCUGUAAUGGGUGACGGUCAUAGACAUUCUGUCCUUCACUGAGCUCCCCAAGAUCAGGGUAGAAUGGUACAAGGGAGUCGGCAGCACCCAAGUAGAGAGAAUUGUAGAUUCGCCAGUAGAC